UAUAUCUUUAUUAUUUAAAUAAUCAGAUGUCUAAUCACCCAUACAGCAAUGCCCCACCUACUUAACCUUUGGCCACAACUUAGGCUCCUAAAUUUGGUCAACCAACAUUAUAACAACCAGUUCCCUAAGUAAAAAUUGUGUUUUAAUUUACAGUAUGCUGUCCCAUUGUAAUAAUCCCCAAUUAGAUAAUCAUAUAUCCAACCAGUUUAAUAUGCUCCAGUUCCUCAACCAGUUCAAUAUGUUCCACAACCUGUUUAAUAUGUUCAAUAACCCGUCCAACCAGUAGUGUAAUCAGUUUAAGUACAUAAUGUUAUGAUAUUCAAAUUAGCAUCAAUCAAUCAAAGGAGAAUCAAGGAUUGAGUAUGUUCCAUAUUAAAAGGCUGUUGUAGAAUAUGAAGAAUAAGAGGUUGUCCAAUAUGUGCCAAGAGAGAGAAAGGUGACAGAUUAUUAUGCUGUUGAGUACUAAACCGAAUAUGUUCCUUAAGUAUUUUAAGAGAAAUACACAGGUAUUCCUAUAUAUUGAAUAAUGUAGAAUACGUUCCAGUUGACAGAUAUCAAGAGAGAGUAGAGUAUUAUCCAGUUGAAAGACAAGUUGUCCAUCAAUAAGUUUAACCUGUUUAAUAAGUGGUUCAAUAACCAGUUUAAGUUGUCUAACAACCAGUCUAGGUUGUCUAAUAACCAGUCUAUUAAUAACCAGUUUAUCAAUAACCAGUCUAGUAUGUUUAAUAGCCAGUUACAUAUGCAUAACCAUUGGUUGCUUCUAGAGUUGUUCCUUAAGGUUUUGCUCCAACCUAUGCUCCAUAAUAUGCUCAGUAAUUCCAACCAUAACAAAUCCCACAAUAACCAAAACCCCAAUAAUAACAAUAGGCUCCAAGAUCUAACGUUGGGUAAUAAUGAAUCCUAUUCAUAAAAUGAAUAUUAAUGUCUAAUAUUUUCG